UGCAACAACUAUUUUCCAAUAUAAUUUCAAUUUUAGUAUUUCAUUUGAUUUAAUCUAGCUUCGACUACGCGGAGAAGAAUUGAAUCUAUCAAUCCCAACAUGCGAUCUCAAUCUUAAAGAAGGAUACAACCUCCACCUUUCUAUCAACCCGGCUUCAGUGCAGUUUUUAGCUAACGGUACCUCCACCUCCUGGAUAAGUGUAAAAUCCCUACUGGAGAAACGUAUCGCUACAGUCUCUGUAGAACAGCCUGAUUUCUCACAAGAUGAAAUUCAGGAGGACGAUAUAGAAGCUACCGUAAUUUCUUUUCUGGAAUCAUGGCCAUCCAAGGCCAGUAAAGGUCACAAACAACCUCAGCAUCCCUUAGAUGUCAGUAUUUGCUAUGCGAUCUGCGCAGGUUCAUCUACUCUGGGUUUAACACUUGAGAUUCAAGCACUUCCAGCUCAUGCAGCAACCCUGAACUCGCACCCAGUGCUCAGCCAACCAUUAACUCCUGCAGUCUUAGUAUCUUCCAUCCCUCUCUCUUGCCAUUUCUUCAGAGAAGGUGGUUUAUUUGGUCCAAAGCCGUCUAUCUUCGUCUUGGGAGAGGGACAGAUAGAAGAUUUUGUAGACAAUAUCACUAAUAACCCAGAGAUAUUUUGCUCAGGUAAGGAAAAGAAGUAAUUUGAGCAUUCAUUUUGUUUCACGAAAAUGUAGAUUUUAUUUUAUGUUUUGAAGCCAAGUUUCACAAAAUGAUGAAAUGCCUCUGAAGUACACUUAAGCAAAGCAUAACUUCCACGAAAGUAUGUAUCCAUACCUCUGCCACAAAGUAAAACUUUGGUCAUUCAUCCCCCCCCCCAUUGCAAUUGAAUAAUAGAGGUAUAUUCUAAUCUAAGAAUAAUUUCCAGGUCUCUCCCUCAUCUACGCUGAAUUACCGAAACAUGAUCAUGUAAUUUGGGAUGAAGCUCGUAAGCAGGUUGCAUCUCCAAGGCAGGGUUCCCCAAUCCAAAUGUUUGGAGCAGAGCUGGAUCGAGAUAGAUCUAAGGAAACGGUUACUUCAGCACCCAAGAAGAGAAAAUCAACACAUGGUCCAGUAAUUACUCCAGGUAAUAGUAACCUUGUGUUUCCUGUUAACUCGCAGAAUCAGAAUGGCUUUACUCCAUUAUGCAAUUUAUAUCCCAAAUACUCAGCUGGACGCCCAAAUGGUUGUAUUUCUAAGCUUACAAAUCCAUCGCUUAUCCUCAAGAACAAAUCUUUCAUCCCACCUGGCACAUUAUUGCUCAAGACGCAGGAUUUGGUAGCAGCCUCUAUAUCGAAUAGUACCUGGAGAAACUAUUCUUCAGCCUUGAGAAGCUUCCAAAAGUUUGAGGUUUUCUUAAGAGUUACUUACACAUGGCCCCUCGACAUCGGAGCAGUUCGAGCUUACACGUCAUAUGCAUUGUCGGAAGGAAAGCUUUCCUCAGCUUCAGUGAUAAACUAUCUGUCUGCCAUGAGAUAUAUCCAUCUCAUCAAGGGUUUCCCUGCCCCACAUAUUCUGCAAGAUGACAUGAUACAAAUAUUGAUCAGAGGGGCUAAGAACCUGAGUAAUCCACCUUCUUCAAACAAAAGAAGAGUUGUUUCUCUGCCAUUACUACAAGCUCUGAAAAAGGAGAUAGAGAGAUUCAGUUGGUCUCUUUAUCUCAAGACUGCAGUAUGGGCCUUGUUUUCAGUAGCUUUCUUUGCAAGUGCUAGAAUGGGGGAAUUAGUUGGACCCUCUAGAACAUCGUUUGAUGCAUCCUCAACUCUACGAGUUAGAGAUGUGCUUGUCAGAGACUCCGGGAUCAUGAUACACCUGAGAUGUCCCAAAUCUGAGAACCCUAAAGGAGAGUUCUUGUACUUGUUCCCAUUCCCAUAUAAGGGACUCUGUCCUGUUCUAGCUCUAAAAUCUCAUUUAUCUUCAGUAUCUAAAAGGAGCCUACCUUCUCAUCUUCCCCUCUUCUGCGACGACGAUGGUUAUAUUUUCACUAUUGAUUAUGUCAAUAUUGCUCUGAAAUCACUGCUUAAAUUCAGAAUAGAUUUCAGAGACCAUUCUAUUUCGGCUCAUAGUUUCCGGGCAGGGUUACCUUCUGAGCUUCAGAGGAUGCCUUCUCUAUUGAAUUCAGAUGAAGUCAGAGGAUAGAGUAGAUGGAACAGUGAUUGUAUAUCUCGUUAUGAAAGACUGGAUUCUCACCAAAAAGAAAAGAUAUUUCAGAAAAUCUCCUCAGCUUUAGUCACUUCCUUGUAGGGACA